UCGAAACUGAAACGUCAAAACAAAAACACAAAAUGGCUGAUUAUAAGAAAAUAUGUUUUAAAAAUUAGUUAUUUUAUUUUAGAAAGAGUUGUAGUACAAAUUGUUAACAAUGAUUUGUGAUAAUAAAUUUAACCCCAUUUAGGUUUACUUUCGUUUUGAUCAAAAUAGGUUAAUUAAGAAAUGACUAAAUUUGUCGAUUAUUUUGUUAUUUGUGGUCUUGAUUAUAAUUCAGGUUUGGAACCAGAUAAAUAUUCAGAAGAUAAUCUGCAUGUUUCCCCAUUAGAGAGGUCAUAUAAAGGUAAAGUUUUGGCGCACUAUCCUGAAAAUGUUCAAACAAAUCCUUUUGAUGCAUCUGCUGUCUGUAUGUUAUCUUUACCUAGUGGAUUGAAAUUUCGGACCCAGAAACAUUCAGUAACUCUUGCCCCAAGUUUUCAUUCAUUCCUUAUAACUCGAGAAGAUGGAAAAAGGUGUUAUGGUUUUAGUCUUAUCUUUUAUGAAGAAGUACGGAAUAGAGAUAUAUGCACAGCAAUGCAAACAUUACAAGCUAUGUAUAUUACUGAAUUAUCUAGUGGUUUAAAAGCCAGGGUAUUACAAAAUGCACAAAAUCAGGGCCCCCAAUCUAGGUCUUUACCAAGGCAUUUCAAACUAACUCAUAAUCCUAACGGAGCAGCUUUAACAUAUUACGAUAUCUCUAAAGACAAGCUAUUUGUUUCUAAAAGUAUUGGUAUUAUCUCUCAACUGGCUCAUGUCCAAGCUGCAAAAAUAUUUUUGGAAAAUUUGUAUAGAUGUAUUCCAAGAAGAGCCAAUUCAACAAGUGGUCUUAGUUUAGAAAGUUAUGUGUUUAACAUUUUGUAUGAAGUUGAAUUACCUGGACCUGGGAAGAGUCUACUGGUGUAUUUACCACCAUCAGACCCACAGUUGCCUCCCUCAAGUGCCAUACUACAAAAUCCUUGCCAACCAGAUGAGUUACCACAUUUAGAUUUUCCUCUAAGGCUUAUGUUUCUGUGGUUAGGAGUCGAUAUUGUAGUACAGCUCUUUACUUGCCUCUUGCUGGAAAAUCAAGUCUUGUUAAGAAGUGCAGAUUGUCAAAGGUUGAUGGUUGUAGCAGAAGGUAUUACAUCAUUACUGUUUCCAUUUACUUGGCCUCAUGUGUAUGUCCCAAUCUUACCUGCGUCGCUACAUCAUUUUCUGGAUGCACCUGUUCCAUUCCUAAUGGGACUGUAUGCGUCAUCUGAAAAUAUUAAAGUGGCUUCGGAAGCGAGUCUUUGUUACGUUGAUAUAGAUAAAUGUAAAGUUCAGUUACCUGAAGAGAUGGGAACAUUUCCCCAUCGGGAAGCGUUUACAGCAGAAAUUUGGUCUAUACUCGAUAAAUACGGCGUGCAUGUACCCAGUUCAGAAAACAACAGAAAUACCCAGGAUAUUAUGUCAAGAAGUUGCACUUUACCAGGCCGCCCGCAAAAUCGAAGGAAGCUCUCCGUUCAUGAUACAUUGGACAAUGACAGGCCUCCUUCUCCUCCUGGCUCUGCAAGAUCGGAGGCUUUACAAAGAAUAGCAGACAUAGUGCGUAGGACAGGAGUCGCUUUGGACCAGAACGAUACCUCACAACCUUCCGACUCUUAUAUAGAGGAUCUCAGAUUUAAUAAUUCCAUUAGGGAGAUAUUUUUUAAUAGAUUCAUACACAUUUUUCAAUCAUACGAGAACUUUGUCAUAUUUCCUAAUCAGGGCAAAGAAGACUGGUUUAACAAUAGAGACUCAAUGCAAAAUUUUGAUAAAGCUUCCUUCCUCUCUGAUCAACCUGAACAAGACAGAUUAUUUUUGUGGAGAUUUUUGGAAUCGCAGAUGUUUGCGACACUCAUAGACAAUAAAAUACUGUCUAUGUGGGGGGAGGUAGACAACAACCUUCUCAUUUUCGAUAAUCGAAUAAAGCAUCUCAAACAGAGAUACGGCGGUGAAAAUCUCAUGAGAUCUUUGUGUUACGAACCGUGCAUUAGUGCUCACGAUAGUCAAAAAUUCAUUGACAGACGAUUAAGUAACCCCGAUUAUGAAUCUUCAUUGCCAAGGGAAAUUAUGAAUAGUAAAACGAUCGGUUUGAGACAGUUUCCUUUAUUGGAUAAGGAGGUACUGAACAAAACUCCCGUCGUUAAUAAAGGUAGCAUACCUAGGGCGAGCACUUUAAAAAAAGGAUUGACAUUUUCCAAACCUCCAACUGGCUCGAAUGAUAAAUCUCUGAAAAGUGCAAAUAACCAAGAUAUGUCACCAGCCCUGAUAGCACAAGCAAAUUGGACGUUUGUUGAAAAGCUUUUAAAAGACUGCAAAGUUCGAACAAAACGCAUGUUGCUUGCAAAACUCGGAGCAGAAGGCGUCACAUUAUCCAGCAAUAAUGCUUUAGAUAGUUGUGGAGCAGUUGAAGAAAGUACUUUAGUGGCAUCUCUGUGUGAUUUUCUCGAGAGAGUCUGGUCUCAUGGUCUCCAGAAGAAGCGAGGCAAAUCUGCACUUUGGUCACAUCUGCUCGCCUAUCAAGAAAAAUAUCAACAUUUGAGUAAAAAUGAUAUUAAUUAUUUGAAACCUGUUUCAGAUGUAACUCGUCUAGCAUUGAAUUUAGAAAAUUGGACAGGUCAAGUUACAGACAAAUUAAAAACGGAACUUUCUGAGCUACCGUCGUCGCUACUAUUUGAUAUGGCCAAUGUUCAAGCUAUGCCCGAUGUUAAAACUGGAAUAGGGAUGGCCAGGGCGUGGGUGCGCUUGGCUUUGGAGAAAAAACAAUUAUCUAAACAUUUCCGCACUCUUCUGGCUGAUCAAGGCCUGUUGCGUGCACAAUACAAACGUUCAGCGUUCUUGCGAUGUGAGGAAGAACGUGAACAAUUUUUAUACCACUUGCUCUCUUUAAACGCUGUAGAUUAUUUUUGCUUCACAAGUACAUACCCAACAACUGUGAUACCUUACCGAAUUGUGAUAGUACCUAAUAGAAAGGGAACAACAUCCUCUGCUAAUGUUUGGAUUGUGUUGUCAGGAACUCUGUUAGAAACAAACCGCAUUAAUGUACCUAAACUUACCUUAAAUUUUGAAUGCAAGAACCAAAACUUAGGAGUUUUAACAACCUUGAGAAUUGGACAUGAUAAUUCUGGGUUAUACGCAAAAUGGAUGAUCGAUUACAUUAUUAUCCGGAACGAAAUAACAGGACAUACUUAUAAAUUUUCUUGUGGCCGUUGGUUAGGAAGAGGAGUCGACGACGGAUCCACGGAGAGACUUUUAGUAGGUACGUUGAUAUCGAAAAAGGAAGAAAUGGAAGAAUCUGUUAGAUCUUGUAAUAGUCUUGGUCGGUCUACACCAAGAACUCGCUCACCGGCACCCCCUCCAAGGAUUGAACUGAAACCUUCUCAAAUUCAACAUAUGCUAGGAGAUUGCGUCAAUAAAAUAGUAAAGUGGCACUACAGAAGAAGUUCAGAAAGGCAUACGACCCUAACUGCACUGCUUUGCAGUGAGAAUGGUCUGGUUUUUUGUCUGGAAAAUGUGUUUUUGCUAGGCUUUAAGUCGGCUCGUCUUUUUAUGGGAAAACAUUACCUAUGGGACUAUUUUGUUCGUGUUAAAGAACACUUCGAAUCUGAAUUGAUGGAAGAAGUCUCGGGCAAUAGAACAGCAAGUCUAGAACGAAACCAUCAAGAAACUGUAGCCGUAUGGAGGUGUUACUGCCACCUCAUAGACGAAAUGAUGCAUACAAGUAAAACUCUUGGGAAAGAUGGAAAAUUUCAAUUAUUUAUAUGUCUUAGUGUUAGAGAACAUUUACUGCAUAGAAUGUUAGUUCCGAUGGCAGCAUGUAAGGUGACUUUAGAGAUGUACGAAGAGAAUUCCUUUUUGAGAAACCGUGGUCUUUUGACUUUCCUACGUCAAAUAUUACUCCCACUAGAUGAAUUAGAUGUUGUCUUAGAAAAGUCUGUGUCACAUGGGAUAUCUUCUCCUUCUACUCAUGUGUAGUUAACUGUAAACCGUUUCUAGUCUUAGCCUGAUUUUAUUACCAAUGAUAUUUUUCGAGUGAUAUUUUCUGCUUUAUUCUGUCAAAUUUAUUAUGGAUUCAACUGAUCGUAAUUGUAACUGUAUAUAAUUGUUUUACAAAUAUAAUUUUGCAGGAGCAAAGAUAUAUGAUUGUGUUAGGAAGAAUAUUUUUUAUGGCCUUUAGCUCGUAAUUUCAAAUAUGUAUUUACUGAUAGAUCCUGAAAAGUUAAAAAUAUA